UGUCCAUACCACAGAAUGACGCAUUUACUUAAUUCUUUUACAGAAAAGGAUAUUCCUAUUCCUAGGCGACUGGUGAUAGCCUUUUAUGAGGAAAUUAAGGAAAUUGAGGGGGUGUUUAAAUGCAAUUACAUACCUGGUCCUUAUAAUCGGGACCGUCCUAUAGGUGUGUUCCAUAAAGCAUACAUAGACUUAGCCUACAGCAUACUAGAGAGUAAAGGUACGUUGGACUGGGCAGGAGUUUUAAAAGAAAUGCGAGAAUUGUUACGUAACUACUUAGAGAAAGAAUACGGAGCAAUAGACACAGAUUACAGCAGGACGGAAGAAGAGACAACCCCAAAAGCAACAGACACAAUUUACAGCAGGACGGAAGAAGAGACAACCCCAAAAGCAACAGACACAAUUUACAGCAGGACGGAAGAAGAGACAACCCCAAAAGACUGUGAUCGAAAAGGAAAUAGUGUCCGGUUGGAGGACCUUUAUGGGAACACAGAUGUGAUCGUCGACGUAAGAAUUACUGAUUCCGUUGAAACACUGAUGUCCAAAAUCGAACGAAAACAUAAUGUUCCAAAACAUGAACUUGUUCUAUUCUGUAAUGGUACAAGACUUGAAGAAAAACAAAUGUUACAGGAUUAUGAUAUUGACACAUCAUCGAUCCAAGUUCUACGUCAGAGAAAGAAAGUUACUGCUGGGAAGGAAACAAUGGUAUUAUGUGACUUUCGGUAGAUUGUGUAGAACUCAUUUGAUCCUGACUACGAAUAAACUUGGUCAAUAGAUGUCCCUUGUUCUUUGGAGACAUCACUCGCACGGUUUCCAAAAAGGACUUCAGUGGGAUUGUUCAAGCGACUGGAGAUUGCAUGGAGUCUCUAGGAAUGGAACUAUGGUUAGAUGAAAUGGAAUCGUCAGAAACCUUCAGAUGCUACAGCUGGAAAUCUGUAAAGUACCAUUAGGAGCUGCAGGGUUUGAGCUGUAAUUUGGAAAUAUUGUAGAACAUUGUUCUUGGAGUUUAACCUCCAAGGUCUAACAGUAUACAUAUCAUCUGACUGUACUGAAACCUGAUCUAAUACACUUAUCAAACUUU